UCAAUUCAGCCGUAUCCCUCCCUCUCGCCUUCCGUUUUUUCCCUCUCCUUCCAUUUCACGUGUGUGUCGUCGAGUGUGUGGAUGGGUCAUGGAGUCAAACGCCACCACGAAGUUCUUCGCUCUCUCGCAGUCCUUCAGUUUUUCUGAUAUCAUCGUGAUCGGCGCAUAUUUUCUGCUCAAUGUUGCUGUUGGAAUAUGGUCAUCUUGCAGAGUAAGCAGAAACACUCUUAAUGGCUACUUCCUGGCUGGCAGAGACAUGGCCUGGUGGCCGAUCGGAGCGUCUCUGUUUGCCAGUAGUGAAGGAUCAGGACUGUUUAUCGGUUUGGCCGGCACCGGGGCAGCAGGAGGCAUCGCUGUGGCAGGGUUCGAAUGGAACGCAACCUAUGUACUGUUGGCCCUGGCCUGGAUCUUUGUCCCAGUGUAUGUGUCCUCUGGGAUUGUCACGAUGCCCGAGUAUCUGGGUCGGCGGUUUGGUGGAGAGAGAAUUCGCAUGUACCUGUCAGCUCUCAGUCUGAUGUUAUCUGUGUUUACCAAAAUCUCAACAGACCUGUAUUCUGGGGCCCUGUUUAUUCAGGUGUGUUUGGGUUGGAAUCUUUACCUCUCCACCGUCCUCAUGCUGGUGGUCACAGCAUUCUACACUAUUGCAGGUGGUUUAGCUGCUGUGAUAUACACCGAUACACUCCAGACCUUCAUCAUGAUCAUUGGCGCAGUCAUCCUCACCAUAACAGCGUUCAACAAGAUUGGUGGUUAUGGCAAUUUGGAGAGUGUGUACCUCCAGGCCGUGCCGUCGAAGAUAAUCCCGAACACGACAUGCCACCUGCCGCGGCCCGACGCCAUGCACCUCUUCCGAGAUCCGGUGCAUGGAGACCUGCCAUGGCCGGGAAUGACGCUCGGAUUAACCAUCCUUGCUACCUGGUACUGGUGUACUGAUCAGGUGAUCGUGCAGAGAUCUCUUUCGGCAAAAAAUCUGAGCCAUGCUAAAGGGGCAUCGAUCUUCGCCAGCUACCUGAAAAUACUGCCGAUGAUCUUCAUCAUCCUUCCUGGCAUGAUCAGCAGGGCGCUCUACCCAGAUUCAGUGGGCUGUGUGGAUCCUGAGGAAUGUAUGAAGGUGUGUGGAGCGGAGGUCGGCUGUUCCAACAUCGCUUUUCCCAAACUGGUCAUCGAGCUCAUGCCUAGUGGACUGCGAGGCUUAAUGAUCGCAGUGAUGAUGGCCGCCCUGAUGUCCUCGCUGACCUCCAUCUUUAACAGCAGCAGCACUCUAUUCACCAUGGACAUCUGGAAGAAAUAUCGCAGAGGAGCCAGCGAGAAGGAGCUGCUGCUAGUCGGCAGGAUCGUGACGGUGAUCCUCGUCGUCGUCAGCGUGGUUUGGAUCCCGAUUCUUCAGAGCGCCAACAGCGGGCAGCUCUACGUUUACAUCCAAUCAGUGACCAGCUACCUGGCCCCUCCUGUUACUGCCAUUUUUGUCAUGGCAGUAUUCUGGAAAAGAACCAACGAGGCAGGAGCGUUCUGGGGUUUGAUGGUGGGUCUGGCUGUCGGGGUCACGCGGAUGGUUCUGGAAUUUGCCUUCCCGCCCCCUCGCUGUGGCAUCUUCGACCCUGCGCCGCCCAUCCUGCGGCGCGUGCACUAUCUGCACUUCGCCAUCAUCCUCUGCGCCAUCACCGUCAUCGUCACCAUCAUCAUCAGCCUUCUCACACCCGAACCCUCCGAGGAACAGAUUCAUAACCUCACCUGGUGGACCCUUAGACGCAGUGCUGACAGAGAUAUACCUCUACAGAAAGUAUCAACACUCACUCGGAGAGGAGAGGGUUGCGAGUCCGUGUGCAGAGGGAAGUGUGUGCGCACCGCCGGCUUUUGUAGUCCUCGGCCUGGCCGUGGAGCUCCCGGGACUCCGCCUCCCAUGAGUCGUAGCAUGAGAGAAGACCCAUUUUGGUCGCGCUUCUGCUGCAUCAAUGCUGUUAUUCUCAUGUGUGUUAAUAUAUUCCUUUAUGCUUACUAUGCAUAACACACACACACACACACACACACACACACACACAUACACAUCUAAAGUUUCAAAUGAAAUGAAAAAGGUUUCUAAGAUUGGAUGGUCAGCUUUGCAUAAUUUUAAGUACAUGGUUUUAUAUGACAUUGCUCAACUGGAUUCAGUUAAUAGGCUGAUAAUUAGCUGAUCAGGCAGGUUAGAGCAGGAAACACACCGUGACAUGCUCAUGCUCCUACACACUCGUUCAUAUACAGAGACGUCCAGAUACAAGUCCACUAUAUACUGUAUAUAUACAUAUAUAUAUAUAUAUAUAUAUAUAUAUAUAUAUAUAUGUAUAUAGUAUAUCUGUAUAUAUACACCACUGAUUUCAAUUGAUCAGUUAUCAAAAUCAAAUACAAGUCAGAUAAGGUAAGGAAUAAAACACUUGGGGGUGUGCGGUUAUAGGAUAAUAAUCAAGCAUGGGGCGGCGUGAUUGAGUACGAAGUGGAGAUACUGAUACAGCAACGAUUUUUAAUAUGUUAUAAAAAAACAGCAUGUCGUACUUUUUAUUCGUUUAUAGUUACAUUUGUUGUUGUGGAACGUCCGCAAAACGAGUCCUUACUUACGUUGUAGCAAAAAUUUUGUCACCAGUUUCGGAUUUUUUUCCUCUCAUGAAGAUAAUAAGACAAAAAAAAAAAAACACCUUUCAUUCAUAACAAAGCUCUAAAACUGGAGACUCCUUCCAUAAACGUAAAAAAAUCACCGUAUGACCGAUUAUGCACUUUUUUUUUAAUACGUUGAUGUGGAGCGCCCGCCAUACAAGUCCCUGUGAAUGAGCUGUUGCUAUAGAAACGAUAACAUAUUAGAACUGUGUUUAGCCUUCUGACCAAUCAAAUCCGAGAAUUUAACAGCGAUGUUUUAUAACUACAGUUAACAAAGGUGUUAAUAAUAAAGCUAACGAUAAGAAAAAGGUCAGCGUGUCGCACAGCUCUCUGUUCUGUAGAUUCUGUCUCAAAGCACUGGUACUGGAGACUCCUUCCAUGCAUGUUAAAUAAACAUCUCCUUACAGAAAGCCUCAUCAAAGCAAAGUCUAUAUUUUUUUUCUUUAAAAAUUUAAAAAAUCUUAGAUUACGUGGAGCGUCCACCUUUUUGAAUUAGCUGUUACUAUAGAAACGAGUUAGGUAUACUAUAACUAGCCUUUUGUUCCGGCAACUUUCGACCAAUCAGACUCCAGAAUUCAACAGCGCUACGGUUUAUUGAACGUUAUUUAAGUUUGGUUUAACGCUGUGU